GCGCACAUCUUUUUUAAGAGCGAUUUUGCCGUAAUUCAGCAUUGAGUUCCUGCUUUCUUGGAAAGGCCUUUGGAUAGUUCAAGGCAUUGUUUGUACAUGCAAGUGUUUUCCAGUGUUGGAUAGCGGUUUUGUACAUGUCUAAGGUGAGUGAACGAGGCGAAGAUCGACCUUGCAGUCUUGGGAACGUGCAGACUGUGACUGCACGUUAGUCUUUUCGCUUAUGAUUGCAUUUCUCGUUUUGGUCAUGAAACAUCUUGCUCGGGAAUUCGAAAGUUCAGAGAGCUCAUCUCUUGUAAUCUUUCAAAGAACAUCUAAUCAAGCAUUUCAUGGAUAAAAAUUGAUCAAUUUUUAUAGGUAUUCGUUUUCAAACACAGCUGUAUCUCGUUAUUAACAUAAAUAAACAUCCACGUACUAAUCGCCGGUUCGAUGCGGUUGUAGUAUUUUGGAAAUGUUUCUCAAGUUUUUUGCGAUAUUCAUAGCCUAUUGAUGACCUGGAGAUAGUUUACAUUGCGAAAGGAAGCAAGAUUGCUGGGAACAUGUUCCAACGUAAUCAACGAAAAAAGUUCAUUUGCAGCCAUUUAAUAGUAACACACACAACGGAGCUAUUUUCUCGUCCAUACAUAUAUCAUGUAUAAGCAUCGUGUCUUGGCGCGACAUAGAGCCAGGGUGUUGUAAUUAAUUAUGAGCAAUCAUAACAUGAUUGUUUAACCUGUUACACCUUAACAUCAGUCUGCAUAUUCUCCAUUCUGUUCUUCACACAUUUCUUGAGGUCGUGACGAGGAGAAUUUGUCGAGCAAUCAAGAGUUUCUUUAGUUGGCGAUCAUUUCCUCCAUUCUCAUGAACUUACUGUUUUAUUUGGGGGUGAUACUGUAAGGAGAAUCUAGAUGCUAGUCACCCUUAGGGUUAAAGGUUUACGACAUGAUUCUGCCUUUCUUCUUUUAAUACCAUGAAAGGUUUUAGGAAUAAACUUUUUGAUUCAAACAACAGGUGCUGGAAGAGCAAUUUUAUAGAUAAAAUUUGAGCAAGUAGAGCUUGAAUAGGAAAGAAACAGAGUAAUUAUUUUUUUUGAAUUGUCAUUAAAAAUCUUAUUGUACCUGUGUUAAGGUGAGGAUAGUUAUGUUUGACUCUUGAUAUAGCUGCAAUUCAGAGAUAUAAGGCUGACUUUGUUAUACAUGUGUACUAUUAAUAUUAAGUGCAGUCUGCAGACUGAAGCAUUUAAUUUUCUCCAUUUUUUAAGUAAGGAAAUAGAUUAUCUGAUGGUGGUGAUUUUACACAUACAUGUGUACAUAAAAACCUGUUUUAUCAGCAUUAUAGAAAAAGUGAAGUUUCACUUCUGUCACAGUCACUGUAUGAAUAAGCAGAUCUCAAUUUUACUGGCUCUAAGCUGUGAUAAAUCACAUUGAUGUAUUUCUUGUGUCAGUUAACUGUUUCUUUUAACUUUUGUAUAUUGAGCCAUGGAUUGGAAGUUCGGGAAAUUUUAUGAUGGUAACAACCAAAAUAUAGUAAGGAUCAGUUACCUGCCUUUUAUUUGUGUUCAAAGUUUUGUUUGCUGAUCAUAUAUAAAUUGUUGUUGUUGUUUUUUUUUUUAUUUGAUGGUUUCAUAUUGUGUUUGAAACAACUUAUCAGUGAGUUUUACUUCCUUAUCAUAUUGAGAAACCUUAAGCAUGUGCUCAAGCUUAUUUCUUUAAAAGGAAACAUUUGAAAGUUGAUCGGUCAUAAUUCAUGUUUGUUUGAAUUUUAGUUUGAUUAUGGCAGAAGUGUAUUCAUACCUGAAGAACAGCAAAGAAUGUAUUCUUACAACUGAAGAUAUUUUUAUAGAUCCUUGUACAAAUUUGACAUAUUAACUCACCACAGUGUUACAUAUACAUGUACUUGGAGGCGGACUUUAAAAGUAGUCUCAUUGAUGUUUAUAAAUCUUCAUAACACGACACAUCGAUGCUUGAUGACUCAGAAACUAUCUUAACUUUUAUGCUUAAUAACACUUGGCAGUUUGAUGCAAAGAUGAGGUUAGCAGUCAUUUUAAUUAAAGUGUUAAUUUUAUGAAUUGAGUUUAUGGUUGAACUACUAGAUAUAAUUAUGUUUUUUUUUUCAUACUGACUGGGCAUGUAUUGGAAUGCCAGUGGUGUGCUCUACUUUGUAAGAUGUCUUGAUAUUGGUGUUGUGUUGGUUAAAUUUUGUAGCCUCCUUUUGUGUGAUGAAUGAUAUUUGUAACAAGUUCAUGUCUUGUUUAUUAUUUCAUUGCAGGAUACCCAUGGUAUUGAGCAUCAAUAAAUAUACAUAAAACUGCAGUGUGUGUGCAUAAGCGGGUAUCAAUUAUGCCAAUUCAAAAACCUCAAGGGACAGAAUUUCUUCAGUGCCCAAUAUGUUACAAGGAAUUUGACAAUCAUGACAGGCAGCCAAUCAGCUUGGGAUGUGGACACACAUUUUGUGUUUCCUGCUUGUCAAAACUGUCUAACCCAGGUGGAAAUCUUAUUAAGAUCUUACUAAGAUUCUUGUAAGUUUCUUACUAAGAUUCUUAUUAAGAUUCUUAAUUAAGAAUCUUGUAAGACCUUACAAGAUCUUGUAAGAUCUUGUCACAAGAUUCUUACAAGAAUCUUGUAAGAUCUUACAAGAUCUUGUAAGAAUCUUUGUAAGAUCUUACAAGAUCAAUCUAAGAUCUUACAAGAUCUUUAAAAUCUUGUGGUAAGAUCUUGCCAGAUCUUGCAAGAUUCUUGUAAGAAUCUUGUGACAAGAUCUUACAAGAUUCUUGUAAGAAUCUUGUGACAAGAUCUUACCUGAUCUUGUAAGCCAAGAUUCCUGUAAGAAUCUUUGACAAGAUCUUACCAGGAUUCUUUUAGAGUCUUGAUAAGUAUCUUAGUAAGAAACUUAGAAGAAUCUUACAAGAUCUGGUAGGAUUCCUGUGACAAGAAUCUUAAUUAAGUACCUUCACAAGUUUUCAAAAGAACUUGUUAAGAUUCUCAACAAUGUCUUAAUGAUCUCUAAAAGAAACAAGAACUUGUGAAAAACAACUUACAAGAAUUUUGCAGAAUCUGUAAAAAUUCUUAAAUAUCACAUUUUUUCAGACCAUAGUAGGUAACUGAUGGUUUAUGCAAUAUGCAGUAACUGGAUGAUCGAGGAAUGGAGAUCACAACUAAGAAAGAAUUUCUUCAUCCAACAUUUAAGCAAAAAUUUCAAAUUCUCAACACUGUGAAAUUAAUUACUAAAAAGAUCCUGAUAAGAAACGUUAACUGGUAAACAUUACGAUUUAAAUGACAAAACUUGUGUUUUAAAAAUCUAAAAACAAUUGUUUUAACUGUUCCAUUUGACAGUUUGAUUUGAAAAUAGUUACCUUUCACAAAAAAGCCAUAAUAAAAAGGCAUGUCCCAGUUUUAAAUUGUUCUUUGUUUGAUUCAACUGAAAUAGUUUUUCUAAUUUAAGCAUGAAAACAAAACAAACAACAACAAAAUUUUGUAUUGCAGCAAAUGUGUUCAAAGAAUUAAAGCUCACUAUCACUCAUCUAAGUUGGCAUUUUAGUCAAUUUGACAGCUACUUGACAAGUAAAUUUGCAUAUGUUUCAAUUUUGUACAAAUAUCAACCAAGCCUUAGUUCAUUCAGUCUACGGACUUGUCAACAUUGCCCUAUACAUUUUGAACUUUUCUCUUGGAAUCCAAGCAAUUUUUUAUUCAAGUAGAGCCUUAUUUGAGACCAUCUUAUUCAUUUGGGCAACCAAAAUGGCUCCUGUGGGGAAAAAAAAAGAAAAUAGUAAUUUGUAUGGUACAAAAUAUACUAAAACCUUCGUAUUUUUUAAAAAUCCCUGCCAGAGAGGAGUAAUAGGAGUUUGGUUUCAUUGUACAUCUAAAAUGAAAUGUAACAUGUUAGGAGACAAGAAUCAAGAUUGGAAAAAAAACCCUCAGUGUUUAAAUAAUUAAGUAUCAUAAUCUAUUGUCUGCAGUAGAAUUGUUGCUCUGACUUCAAUUCCAUCUUUCAGUAGUUGACUUGUGGUACUUUAAGAUGCUUCUCAAUGGUUCUCCUUGAUCACCAUCAUGAUGCAAAGAAAAGGAGGUUGACUAUCUUUAACAAGAAUUUAUCAUCUUUAAGAGCAAAAUUUCAUGUACAAGUUCCCAGUUAUGAAUCUUGGCAAUUUGCACUGCCCAACUCAAUCCAACAAAACGCUUUGCACUGCUGAAACAGACAAAAGUUGAUUAAUGAAAAAUUACCUUUUUACAAUCAGAGGAGCUGCCACCCUUCUAUCCCAUUCUGUGCUUGUAGCAUUAAGAUGGGACUCAAAGUCUACUUUAUUCAGGAUACAAUCAUUUUUACAGGUGAUCCUAUCUCUCCAGUUCUCCUGUGAAUAUGAAUUGAAAAAAUGUUUACAUUUGUUGAGCAAUCCUCCACUGAAUUAAGUUUCAUUAACUUUAGAACAAAGAAAAUUGUGAGAAAGGGAAACAAGGAAUCAUAAAUCAGCAUUAAAUGAAAACCAAAAAAAAUACACACACAUUCACAAAACAAAACAUAAAAACUAAACAGAACCAAACAAAAUACAAAAAAUGUUGCAUGGAAUUAAUACAGGUAUUGAAUGUAUUAGAGUAAAAUUAACAGGAUAACACUGCCAAAAAUUCUGCCUUAAGCCAUCUAAGUCAAUGAAGUCUUGAAGGAGGGGGAAUGUCAACAUUGAGUAUUUAGAGUUCUUACAUCAUCAGAAGAAAUUUUUGGUAAUUUUGUUUGCUUUUGGACACGGCCGUGAUAAUCAAACCCAGCUUUCAUCAUCAUCCUCAAGUGGAAACUUUUAAGUAGAACGUGGCAAUUUAUAAUUCAUAAUCGAUUUCGCGUUGUUAUUGCACCCUUCUAGUUUAAAGUGGUUAUUAGUAAAGCCGAAGACAAAUUAAUUGUUUAUUGUGAACCAUUUCCAUGCGAGACGACUGGAAGCUACGAUGAUUCUGCCUACAACACUUAAAUCCAGAACAAAAGUGCAGUAAGGUUAGCAGCCGCCGUUACGUGGUUUUGAUGAUGAUAGCGUUACAUCUCGUGUCAGUUUCCACUCAAUUCUAAACAAAAAGAACCCUAACGAGAUUUUAUGAUUUGCCUUGUACCAAUUACAUAAACUUAUGCUGAAAGAAUCUAAAAAGUGCGAGAAAUAAGUCUAUCGCAUCACCUUCCAGAUGUAUAAUGUUGAUAACGUGAACUUAAUGAAUAAAAGUCAGUUGCACUUACCUUCGGGAUGAUUUGCCUUCAUUUGCUUCAUUACCAGUCGUGCACUAGUGGUUUUUUUAGAAAUCUUCUCAAGGUACUUAAACUACCAAGACCAAUGUGUUCCUUGAGUUAUAAAGCGAGUGUCGUGCACAAUCAUACGUGUGCUUUCUAUGUGCUUAGAUGUGUAAACUAUUCACCUGAGGCCCCUUCACGUGACAGAAUAAAACAAGGAUAUCGCAACCUUUAAUGUGUAAUCGUAGUGUUCUUUCCCAAGAAAAGCAAAACGCGAUUUAUCUCCUCUGGUGUGCUGUAAACUCAUGUUACUUACCGACUGCGUUAUUUUCUGUAUUUUAAGCGACAGUAACAUUAGUUAUUUUGUAAAGAACUUGGCUUGUAAAAUCCUAAUUCUCGAGAUCAUUAUUCUUCUUCAGGGCUUUAGACACAAUUAAAUUUCACAACGAGGUAGAUAACACUCAACCAAAGUAAAAUUUCUGUAAAACUUUGCCGAAACGAAAUGGCGCGAGAACGGUUGACAACAACGGUCGAGUGAACAAUUUGUAAUUUUGCGCCGGCCGUAGCGGGAGACUGGGGAAAACCUUAGUGAAAGUACAAAAUGUCACGCAACUCUCGCAAGUAUUUUGUAAGUAACUACCUAUAAACUUUUUUAAAAUACUUUUAAUUUCUGCCAUCUGACCGGUCUGCAAAUUUCCGAUGUUUAUUUGUUAUUAUUUUGUAAAGAAUUUGGUCGGUAAAAUCCUAAUUCUCAAAAUCAUUCUUCUUCUUUAGGGCUGUAAGGCACAGUUAAAUUUCGCAACCAGGCAGAUAACACUCGACCAAUGUAGAAUUUCUGUCAAACUUUGUCCGAAACGAUAUGAAAAAAAAAAAAAAAAAAAAACAGUUAACAACAACGAUCAAGUGUACAAUUUGCAAUUCUGCGUAUGCGCAGUGGCGUGGAAUGCCUUGGUGAAAGUACAAAUUUCAUGUAACUUUCUUGAAAAAUAUUUUUACAAGUAGCUAGCUAUGAAUUUUUUUUUUUUAAUUACAUCUUUUCACUCUGCCAUCUGGCUGGUCUGCAUACUGCCAUAUUUUUUUUUUUCUGAACCAUAUCAGCGAAAGUCUCUUGCUUGUGGAAUGUGGUGACAUUAUCUAUGGGUGUCUUUAUGUUCAAGGCAAAGAUGGGAAGGUUAAAUCCCUUUCUAGACACUCCCUAUGAACAUGAUUAGUGAUUAUUUAAACUAGCUGUUCAGUAUAUUUCAUAAUCAAUCAUCAAAUGUAAUCUGAAAAGUCUGUCCAAAUUUAAUCUGCUGAUAUCAUAAUUCCAGUGGAACAAUUACCUCUUUAGAAAGCAGCUGCAUGUAUAUUGUGUUCUCAGGUCUGAAAUUUGCACACCAUACCAUAGAAGCUUACUUGACGUUAUGUGAUCCCCUUUUGGACAUGGCAUUUUUUCACAUCAUGUGAGAGGUUUAAAGCCUUAUGCAUCCCCAUGCUCUCUUAUGACAGAACAGGAUAACAUUUCAAGUUACUCAAGAAUGUACUGGAAUAAACUUGAUAAAAUCUUGUCAAGAACAUUUAAAUUCCUACUGAUCUUAAAAUUUUGAUUCUUACAAAACUCUUAGAUGAACUUUAGAUGAAAUCCUGUCUAGAAUCUUAAUGUUACAUUUACAGAUCUUACUUCAUUAUUAAGAUUCUUAAACAAACUUACCAAGAUCUUGUCAAGAAGCUUGUAAGAUCUUCCUUUUCUUAAAGAUUAGGAUUCUUACAACUGAGAUUCUUAAGUGAACUUUAUAUGAUGUUGUUAAGAACUUUCAAGAUCUUAAUGCCCAUGUGUUGUAAAAUUUUUUUUAGGAUUCUUAAAAGAUUCUUAAAUAAACUUAAUAAGAUCUUGUUGAGAACCUUUCAAGAUCUUAACCCCCAUUUCUUGUAAAAUUUUGUGAGGAUUCUUACAAGAUUCUUAAAUAAACUUAGUAAGAUCUUGUUAAGAACCUUCCAAGAUCUUAAUCCCCAUGUGUUGUAAAAUUUUGUCAAGAUUCUUACAAGAUUCUUGUAUAAACUUAAUAAGAUCUUUUAAGAUCUUACAAUGCUCAAACCUGGUUAAGAUUUGUUCAAGAAUUUGGCAAGAUCUUAUUAAGAUUAUUAAUUCUUAAUAAGAUCUUAGUAAGAUCUUCAUCUUAAUUGCCAUCUUAUAAGAUUCUUACAAGAUCUUCCAAGAUCUUACAAGAUCUUCCAAGAUCUUAAUAAGAUUUCCACCUGGGUAAAACACAGUGCCCUACUGAUCAGGCUUCUGUAGAGACAGAUAUAUCCAAACUUCCAUACAACUAUGCUUUGCUUCAAUUAGUUGGAGAAGAAAUACCAGACAAUAGACUUCCCCCAAUUGACAAUCUCAGAGAAUAUGCCACUUAUUAUUUAAAUUCGAAAAGCUGUAUCGAAAAGCUUGCCCUGUUCUUGAAACCUGUCAAUGGCAGUGUUAAUGGUACAGUGAAUGGAAAAGUCAAUGGCAGCACCCGUAAUGGUUCCGUCAACAGCAAUGGGAAUAAUGUCCUUACGAGACCCAUGCAGAGGAAGCUUGUGACAUUAGUUAACUGUCAAUUGGCUGAGGGUGAAGGAAGAUCUAGAGCCAUGCGUGCGGCCAGAAGCUUGGGAGAAAGGACAGUUACAGAGCUCAUUUUAUUGCAUCAACAAGUCUCAGCUAAUAUAUGGGCUGCUGUACGGAAUCGUGGUUGUCAGUUUUUAGGACCAGCCAUGCAGGAAGAAGCUUUGAAACUGAUUUUGUUGGCUCUUGAAGGUGGUGAGGCUUUGUCUAGAAAGGUUUUGGUCCUUUUUGUGGUCCAGAAGCUGAAAUCUGUGUUUCCACAGGCUUCUAAAACAAGUAUUGGCCAUGUAGUGCAGUUGCUUUACAGAGCAUCCUGUUUUAAGGUGAGUUUAUACUUUAUGCUCCAUUAAGGUGGAUUUCAGUAGAUGUCUGUUAAAUUGUCACUAAAAAGUGCACUGAGAUUUUUGUUAUGUAGGAAAUUGAGUAUGCUUGUAAUAUAUAUUAAAUGUAAUUAAGAGGUUUCUGUGUAUUUAAAAGUGUUGAACUUAAAAUGUUGACUCAAUUUUUUCAUUCAGGUUGAGGAAAAGAACAAUGAGCCAUCUUUGAUGCAGCUCAAAGAACAGGUACUGUUUCUUUGAAAAAUUUAAUGAGUGUUUUCAGAUGUAACUACCAUUCAAUUCACAUGUUGUAUAUUUCUUUCCAGGGAAUAAACAGUGGUCAAUGAUUGUGUUGGUUGUGCUUGUUAGACUCAAAAACAUUAUAUCAUUCCUUUUUUUUUUUUUUUUUUUUGCUAUUAGUACCGUACCUAUGAUGCACUACGGAAAGUACAUGAUGCACAGAUAGUGCAAAUUGCAACAGAUGCAGGGCUGCAUAUCCUCCCAGACAAGUGGUCCUCACUGCUCUAUGGUGACAUGGAUCACAAGUCUCACAUGCAAUCUAUCAUUGACAAGGUGUGUUGCUCAUUAUGGCUUCAACUUCAAUGAGGUAAAACUGUACAUUUAAUACAAUGGAUCUAAGCUAGUUUGAAAUAUUUUUGAUAUCACUAUUCAAGAUUUAAAGCAGCAGUGCUAUUAUUGUAUUUCUAUCAUGAGAAGACCUGUGAAUUUUUUAAUGGAGUGUUAUUGUUUGCAUCACAAUUUUAUCCCAAAAAAUGGUAGCAUUACAGUUAAAACUAAUUUCUUUAUUUUGUUUUCAGCUCCAAACCCCUGCCUCAUUUUCCCAGAGCAUCCAAGAGCUGAUCAUUGCCCUACAGAGAUCUGGUGAUCCUGGGAAUCUCUGUCAAAUGAGAGAUCAGUUUGAAUUACUGUCCCACAUUGAUGCAUCUCCAGGUUUGUGUAGCAGUCUCUUUUGAAAGAAUGGCAAGUUGUUGCAUACAGAAGCACAUGAAUUUUCAUUGACUGAAGCUUGAAUAAGUUCUUGACAUUAGUGGCCUGUUUUGGCCGAGUUGUUCACUACAGCUUUGGGAUCAUAUACAUGUAGACACCCCAGUUGCACAGUCAAAAUACAUGUACUUCAAGGCCAGAAACAAUUGCAUUACCAGUUGAGAUAACAUGUGUCUUUGAUUUUUUUUCCUGCAGAGGCAUCAUGUCCAGCUUGGGAUGAGCUAGAACAAGCCAUGGUUUCUGUACAUUCUGUGGUCCAUGGAUUUGUUGAUUUUUCAAAAGUGAGCGAUGGUGUUUUUGUUUUUCAAAAUAAAAUCCACUCAUUUCUUGAUUUGAGUCUAUUUUGAUUACAUGGAAACUACAUGAGAGCUCUUUUGGCAGAUGCAGGAUGAUCAUUGUGAUCAAUGUUGCUUUUGGUUCUGUUCUUUGAUAUUCAAAAGGCUAAUUUGAAACAUCUGCAGGUUCAUUGAUACAAAAGAGCAGAUUAAAAAAAAGAAAAAAAAACUAGAUGCAUGCAGAAGCAUCAAGAGCAGCUGUUGAACAUUUAAGGGUCUCCUUUGUUUAACAGACAAGUCUUGUAUUUCCAAAAAUUUAUCAUAACCAUCGGUAACAGUUUAGUAAUUUUAAAAGUACUGAGUAGUCUAAAGGAUGGAUUAUGUUUUUCCUUUAUUUUGAUGGUAUCAGUCACAUGGCAGAGGAAUGAAAGGAUCUGGUGAUCCACCACAAGUAAGUACAAUUUGAAGUUUUUGUUGUUGUUGUUAUUGUUGUUGUAAAUUUCUUUAAUUUCCAGUGAUCUUGAUUUAUACCCCGUUCACACCAAAACUUAAACAUGUUUAAAUCUUGUUUUGCUAAACUGGUUUUAUUAAACUACCUGUUCACACCGCGGGCGCGUGUAGCCAAACAUGUUUAAAACCGUGUUUAAUAAAACUACCUAAAUGAGGUUGUUUAACUUUCGUGUUUAACUAAACACAUUAAAGAUGGCGGUUGCCAAAAAAACCCGCGGAAGGAUUUGGGAAAACCAGGAAACGUUAUUGUUACUACAGAAGUGGGGGGACGAAAAUAUACAAAUGAAGUUAAUAUCUUGUACCAGAAAGAGGCCUAUAUGGCAAGAAAUAAGUGAUUUUAUUCGAGCGGCAGGCUACGAAGACCGUGAUGAAGAUGCCUGCAAAACAAGAGUACACACAUUAGUAAGUGCGUAUCGCUCCUACAAAGACGAAUGUGAGAAGACCGGAAACGGGACUCCAAAGAGGAAGCCGGCGUUUUUCGACGAAGUCGAUGAAUUUCUCUCAAAAAAACCAUGUACCAAACCGAAGGUUGUGGUAAAUUCUUCAAAAAUUAUCAUUGAGGCGGACAACGAAGAAGAAGACAAUGAAAAAAUUAAGAACGAUGAACCAAACGAAGAGUUGCCUUCCUUCAGCGGCGGCACCAGCGUCGGCAGCAGCAACAAAACAGCCGGCAAAUUUCCUCAACCAAACAAGGGUGAAUGUUUGACAGGUGAGCUUUGAAAACUUUCGCUGAUUGGAGGGUCAGACAAUAGGCCAAGAAAAUGUUUCAAUAUCGGCGCCUACGUUGUCUGUAAUCUCUAACAAAAUUUAUUGAUAAUUUUACUUCCAAGAUGAGUGGAGUUGAACAAAAAUAUUGAGAUAAGUAUUGGCUCAAACUUUAACUUCUGCCUUUAAAGAUUUCUUGUAUUCCUUCACAGAAAGAACAACAGAUGCUGGCAAGCCAUUUUUCAAACCCGCUACGAAGAAGCGGAAGGUGUCAACGACGGAUGCCUUAACACAAAUUGACAAGGCGUUGGAGGCAUUUGUUUCCUAUCAACAAGCUGCUGAUAGGAGUUUUCUUGCUGCAGAGGAGGCUCGUGAAAGACGAGAAGAAGAAAGGGAGGAGAGAAGAAGGAAGGAAGACCAGGAGUUUCUGCUGAAAUUGGCGCAGGUACUUCGAAAAUAAAAAGUACGUGUCUUCAACAAUUUAAUUUGCGAUCGUACCUGCGACAGUUUCAGUUGGUUUAGUUUUCGGCUUUAUUUAUGUUGUAAGUUGAACGAUGUUUCACGAAAUCUAAUGGCCGAUUCCCAGUCGUUGGAGAAGGUGCAAGAAAAAGAAGAAAACUAUAUUGAACUUAACACUUAGAUCAUUGAUGUUGACAUGCUCUGGUUAACUUUUCUUUACUUGAACUAAUUUUCUUCUAUAGUUGUCUUCAAUUGAAUAUGCUUUUUUUUUCUUUGAGAAAAUAAAAAUCGUUUUUUUCCUUUAAGUGUUAUUUUUAAUUUUCCGGCAGAGCCUAGUUGUUCAGAGGCCGAUUAACACUAAUCCAGGGUUAAAUUUUGAUUCAGCUUCUUUAUUUCUUUAUUCAGGAGUCUUUUUUGGGAUAAUUUUCCCUAUUCCUUUUAGACCAUCUAAUCAUCAAAUUGUAGACAAAAAAAAAGAAAAUGGAUUUCUUUUUAGAUUUUCAUAUUUGAAAUCAAAUUUCACACUAACCCUGGGUUAAGUUAAGCCACCUUUGAACGACCUGGCCCAGAGUAUUUAAAAAAUGCUCCGGAAAAUUAAUGAAAUAAAUGAAUAUUUUUGUGCACAGUGGUUAGGAUCUUUUGAAAAAUUGAUUUAAUAUUUGAAAUAAAGUUUUGAUCCACCUUUAAAAUGAUGAAAUUUGUUUCUGAGGUUCCAUCAGUUGUUCAGAGAGAGAGGGUCAAAUGAAUGAUGUCUUUUAAGUCUCCUUGAUAAAUUUACAACAGAGAGCUCUGUGUGUUUGUUUGCUUAAUUAUUCUUUCUUGUAAGGGACUAACCAAAAAGUCUGGUGUAUAAUUACACAGUCACUUGCAAUGGAACAAGAGCAAAAAGUUAGUGAAUUAAAUUAGUUUUGCUGACAUUAAUGCCAGCUGAGGCCAUGUCACUGAGUGAGUAGAUCUCCUUGCUAUUCGAACUGAACACUUUGAUCGAAAAAGCUGAGAUUGUCCCCCCCUCCUUCUUUAUGCCUACAUCUAAUACUCAGAGAGGAAGAUGCAAGUCUUGCACUCAAAUUAGUAUUUUAUGUGAACAUGUAGUAUGCAUGGCUAAAUUAGCAUAUGUCACACCGUGGGUUUCAAACUACUCCCUAAUUUUUUAGCAUAAUUUCAGUGCUAAUAUGUUUAUUUCACAUGUGAAAUGGCAAACUUGCAAUGACUGCAUCUUUAAUUGUUCUGAGAUGGUGUCCAGGUUUUGAAAUGUUCAAAAAAAAUGUGGGGGUUUCCAAGAACACCACAGACAAUCAAAGUUUGUCAUCAGUAAUUUUAAUUUACACAAUUGACAAUUUACUUUUCAAAUCUCAUUUAUACAACUGUAAUUACAAAUGGAACACUGUUUGACCCUCUUAGAGGAGUGUCCUUCAAAAGAUCUUGACUCUUCCAUUAUUUAUGAAACUAUUUGCACUGUAUACAAUAAACCUUAAAGGGAGAAAGUAUUCAUAUAAACGACUUUUUUGAGCUAGAGGUGCAAACUCUUUGAUGGAUUAUUUGCCUUAUGUUGAACACUCAUGUUCAAGUGAUGCAUGUGACAAUGAAUAUUUAUUUUAAGAAUCUUUUAAUUGCAUCUCUUAUUGCAACAGCAUUUGUGUUCUGCCUUUGGUUUGGAUCACCUGGACAAACUCCAGCAUGAAUGUGAAUAUCAUUGAGCCAUUGGUCAUCAAAAGACUCGUUUUGCAUCUCACAAUAAUUAUGUAAAACACAACACGCUGCGAUGACAUUGCAGGCAUUUUCAACUUUUAAGUCCAGUCUCUUCCCAAUGCUUCUGAACCUUCCUUCAAUCGACCAAAGGCAUUUUCAACAACUACUCUAGUCGUGCUGUGUUUUAUGUUGAAACUGCGUUCCUCCGGGGUCAGAUUUCCACGAUCAAUAUAUGGUUUCAUCAGCCAAUUGCUGAGAGCAUAAGCUGAGUCACCUAAUAUCAGGGGAGGAACUUGUACACCAGAUAUCAUCACCGACAUAUCGAGCGAAAGAAAACAACACAAGGCAAACAAUGGAGAGUUCUUGAAGACACGUGCGUCGUGUACUUUACCCGGCCAUCCAACACAUAUAUCAAGAAAUAGAUAAUUACAAUCUACUAGCCCCUGAAGGAUUAAUGAGUGGAAUCCCUUCCUGUUAACAUAAUCAUCUGGACUUUGCCGAGGUCCAAUGACUGGGACAUGGCAACCAUAGACUGCUGCAACCACCUGGGGAAAGCCCGCGCGACUUUUAAAACCUUCAAUUUUUUCUUGGACUUCAUGUUGAUUUUGGGGAACGUUUAUAUAAUUGGGAAGAAGAACGUUCACUAUCACCUCGCAUACCUGUCGCACAAUACCACAAACAGUGGAUUUUCCGACACCAAAUAGAUUUCCGAUCGUUCGAAAGUGAGCCGUGUCCGCGAGCCAAUAUAAUGUUAUGGCAACUCGAUGGCGCACUGUAAUGGCUUUCCUGUAAUUGGUGUCCCUUUUAGAGAUAUGUGGCGAAAGUUCUCGGCAAAGGCGAUUAAAUGCUUCUUUAGACAUGCGGAAAUUCUCAUUCCAGUCCUUUUCUUCCCAAUCUUGGCAAGUCUCUUCCCAAAAUAUCUGCGACCGGGGUUUUAGCCAAAUACGGCGAACAGGAAGAUGUCGGAGAAGAAAUCGAAGCAAAAAACGGAAAAACAAUGAUGAAACGAGACGUCUCCAACGGACAUAACGAUUAAACCGUCUCUCUGCGUUUCUCUGUCGGUUUUGUGUAAUUCUGAGGUUUUCCCUCAGCCGUGACUGCGCCAACAACAGCAGGAUAUUGUGAUUUAAACUUACCGCCAUUUUGAUUGCGUCUUUAAUUUUGUUGGCAACAAUUAAUAUCAAAACGAGGCUGCGCAUUACCUAACCCUUAGUCUAGCUAACUGUAGUCUUAUUUGUGCGUUAGUUCAGGCAGGUGUACCGGUAAACUUGGUCUAGAUUGUCCUUAAGAGUCAAGUAGUAAGCCUAUUAUUUACAUCUUUGGUUCUUUUCAGGAUAGUAGCAAUUUUUUUCCUUUUCUUUUUUAGUCACACAACAACAAGUUCAAAACCAGUAUGUGCAGAGAUCACACUUGGGGGAGAUGUCCUAGAGGUCCCCGCUGUACAUUUGCACACACAAAGGAGGAGCUAGAGAAGUGGGUGUUGAUCUGAUUCUUUGCUUUAAAGUUUGCAAAUUAAUGUUUUUCAUGCUAAGCUAUUCUCAGGUCCAAAUAUUAAUGUGUGUUUUUUUUGUUGCAUUAUCCUAAAGUCUAAUUUCCAAAUCCUACAAUAAAUAUUUGGACAUGAAUCACAAAUGACCUCUUACUGACUAGCAUUAUCAGCCAUGUCCCAAAUUCAAGUUUCCUUCUAUGAUCAUGGGCUGUUUAUUAUGUCUUGGAAAAAUGAUAAUAAAUACUGAUCUAAACAUGAUUUUUUUCAACGACCAGGGUUUGAGCAGUAAUCCUUGUUCUUCAUUAACGCGCGUCACUUUUAAUCGCAGGUUUGGUAAAAGAAGAGCUCAGAGGCCUCGGCCCUUACCCAUUGGUAGAGGACCAGCACCAUCUGUGGCACCAGAUCAGUUUUCACCCCUUGAAAAUGGUUGUGAUGGCAGUCCAACAGCUACCCAGGCUCCUACAAAUUGUGUCAACGGCUCUGCAAGAUCAUCUCCUCUUUAAAUUUCUCCUGGUAAGGAGAGAUGAAAAUUUUUGUUCAUCUGUUUCUUUGGUGUGGAAGUAAUUGCUUCCGCGUAUAGGGGGAAUAUGCAUCUUCAAGAAACUGUAGAUUACUAAAUAAAUUUGAAGUUAAUAGUGUUUCAAAUGAUAUUUGUUUUGACGGUAAAGAUCUUCCUAAGGAGACCUGAUCGCUGACGAGAUGUCCUAAGAGAAUGGCUGUUUUGGCUUAAGCCAUAAAAAAGUUGAAACAUGUUCCCUGUUAUUCUUUCAUUUUUGUUUAGUUUGAAAGUAAUAGAUAAGAAUCAAUUCAACCAUUGGCGAAAGAUCUUUUUAUCCCCUUUUUAGGGUUUUUAUUGUAUUGGCUAACGUGACGUUCUUCACGAUGGGCGACUUUUUUCCUGUCUGUGCGUCAAAGUUUCGGUGUUUCGCAACGAGUCAUUUAGAGUUGAGAAGUGUUAAACUGAUUGUUGACAGUGGUCUGUCGAGUUCUCUUUUACAAAUUCAGAUAAUGUUGUUCUGACUUGCAAAUGUGAUAAAUUAGGUUUUGCUACUGUGAUUACUAAUCGAAAUGUGCUCCAUGACAGAUAUCCCUUUUCUUUUCAGUACUACCAGGGCCUUGAUCUUCCCGAGGAUUAGCUGAAAAAACGUUUGAAGCAUUGUUCUCGUCACCGAGCGAAGUUUUCACCACCACCGUCCACUCCUCCAGGUUUUUAGAACUCAAGCUUUCCGGAUACCCAAGAGCAUAUGGAUAAGGGCUAUUUAAAGACCGAGUCGGAAGCACCGGCUCCGAAGAGACUUCGGAAAACACGACGGAAUAGGAUCGCAAAGUGAGGAGUCUUUUCGAAGAUUAACAAUGAAUUGCGAAGUUGACAUGAAGAUAUCUCGAUCGCUGAUUGCUCGGAUUAUCCGGCAUGUGGUAACGAAGAAAACUGAUUGGUGGAAGAUGACAUGAGGCAUAAUGCAAAUUAAGAAUUGUAGUUUAUACAAGCCUCAUUUAAACCAGAAUGUAUUGCUUGUCAAUUUUUUUCUUAAGUAUGUACCUGGAAUAUUCAAGUGUCGGCAAGAGGAAAGAAAGAAAAAAGUUGUCAGUAGCGAAAUUUGCUGGUAUUGAUGGUGUCAAUUACUUGGUGGGAGAUUGGGGGAUACCCCCCCUCCCCCCACCUUAAGUAUUCCCUUGAAAUGGUACACGUCAAAGAAUUUUUUUUUUCGCUCGGUAUCUGUAUUCACCUUUGUUUACCUUUUCCGUCCUUUUAAAGUUUCAAGAAACAAAGAUGAAUGCUUGGUCAUGAGGCGAAAUAAGCUGCUCUUUGUGUAUUAGAUAUGAUUCCAUCUCUUUUCGUGGUUGACUUUCCUUUCAAUGUGAAGAAUUGUGAAUCCUGUGUUUGGUAUCGCGAAUGAAAGCGACAACUUCUUCCAAGUCGUUCACUUCCUCUGUUCGGCGAGGUUUAAUCCUCACUCCACGACUGCAAUGAAAAAGGCGUAUUGAAAAUAAAAGCGACAUAUCGAAAAUGUAAUAUUAAAUGUAAUAUUAAAAAGGGAUCAGACGAUCAUAAAAAAUUAUGAAAUGGG